UGGUUGUUCAAAGAGCGCGUAAAAUGUUAUUUUCGGAAUUUACUGUCGUUCUCCGCCCAUAAAUUUGAGUAUAAAUAUUUAAGUCUUUUUCCUAUUUUCCUCCUCUUCUAACAUUAUUCUAUUCUAUGAAAUCUCUCUCUUUUAUUGCCCUUACAGUCCUAACUGCUGUCAAUGCAGCUAGUGUUACAUUUAAAGUAAUUGCACCUGAAUGUAAUACGGACGUUCAAGUCGAUAUCAAUGGUCAAUUGACCAAACUCACUGCUUCGGAUCCUGAUGUUCCUUAUUACACCGGUACUGCCGAAUUAGCAGAUGAUGCUACUUACAAGUAUGUUGUUGACGGUACAGCCGAAGAUUGUACUCGUAGUUUGGAGGAGGGCUCUUCCACUCGUAAUGAGUUCUAUAACCGUCCAAUUACUUAUGCAGAUAUUCCAGAAUUGCCUAGCAUUCUUACUAACGGUAGUUGGACUCGUGGUGCUACCAGUCAUCCUAUCUGGGACAGUAACUACAUUCCAUCCGUUUUCGUUACUGCUAAUGAGGAAGAAAUGGAAAACUUGAUUUUAAACGUACCCAAGGAUGUCUAUUCUGCAAAAAUUACUGUUAUUGGUCCUGACGAAGUUAAUACUUUUGAGAACUGUACCGUGAAUCUCCAUCGUCCUGGCCGUAAAAACAAUGAUGCUAAACAAAGUUGGGUUUAUACCCUUCCUGAAGGUCAAUUAUUGGCUAGCCGUAGCACAUUCAAGCUCAGACAUCAAGAAGAAGAUCCUACCCAAAUCCGUGAAAAGCUCUAUGCAGAUAUCUCUAGAAAGAUGGGUACAUAUGCCAAUGAAGCUAAUAUGGUCCGUCUCUUUGUGAACAAGGAAGGCAUGGGAACUUUUAAUAUGCUCGAUGAUGUGAUCAAGUAUUCUUACAUUGAUGCUAUGUUCAACAAUGGUACUGAGUCUACUGAGAUGGGUGGUCUGUUUGAUGGUGGAUCUGGCGCUACCUUUGACCCUGCUGAUGGCUACUACAGUUUCACUCCUAAUGAAGAAUCUCCUUUUGCACAAGAAGACAUCGAGCCUUUUGCUACCAAAUUCGAAGCUGUUGAUUUCUCCAAUGAUGCUCAAGUGCAAGCCAUUGCUGAUUACUUUGACUACGAUCAAUUCCUCCGUUUCAUGGUGAUCGAGUUCCUUACUGGUGAUUGGGAUGGUUAUUGGAUGGAACAGACCAAUAUUGGUGCAUAUAUUGCUGCUGAUGAGAAUGACAAGAUGUAUUUUCUUGCCCAAGAUUUUGAUGCUACCUUUGGUGUUAACCUUGCCUAUGAAGAUGACUUUGUCGAACUUCCUUAUACCGAUUACCCUACCAAGUUCCCCAAGGCUGUCUUGAUCAACAAACUUUUAGAAAAUCCUACCGUCAAGUCUACUUUUGAAUCUUAUCUCCGUACUACUGUUAUCGAGAUUUUCAACAAUGCUACUCUUGGAAACUACGUUAAUGCUCGUCAUGAAUUCAUCUAUCCUGAUCUUGAAUGGGAUCGUUCUAUCAAGCAAAGAUCUCCUGGUAACAUUUUUGGUUGGACUGCUGAGCAAACUACCCAAAACUUAGUUGAAGGUGUUACUGCUCCUGGUGCAAGCACCGGUGGUGCUGCCUUUGGUAUUUUGGAAUGGGUUUCAGAAAAGGAAGCUGCUGUCAAGGCAGCUCUUAGCAUUUCCGACGAUGAAAUUUCAAAGCCUGCUGCUAAAACUGAACCUGUUGCCAAAGUAGAGCCUGUCGCUAAAACAGAGCCUGUCACUCAAACUCCUGCUGUCACAGAGGACGAAACUGCAGAAGAGGAUACUACAGAUGAAGAUGUUAACGAAGACCUUUCUGGCUCAUCUAUCAAGGCUGCUUCUGUCGAACAAGUUGACAGUGCUGCAAAUGGAAAAUAUAUCCCUCAAGUCUUAUCAACUCUCGCCAUCGUUGGCGCCGUUACUGCGUUACUUUAAAUUAUUAAUUCUAUAUCUCAUUUAACCCUUCUCAUCAUUUUUUCCUUCCCAAUAUACAAUAUAAUAAAUAAUUGUCACAUGCUUCCAAGUUC